GUUUAAUCUUAACCUGUAAAGGCAACUCCAGUCCGAAAAAACAUCAUUUAAAAGCACUACAAAUUUCGAUCCUCUUCUGCAAAAAUUAGCCCGCCAAAAAAAAUUAACACAACAAACUCACGCCAAAAAAAGGAAAAAAAUUAUCCAUUUUCACCCAUAAAAUAAAAUCAAAAAUAUCUUUACACAAAAACCCUCACUAGGGUUUUCUAGAACACACUCCAGUGAAUGAAAUUCAAAAUCAAAUUCAAAAUGCGCACAGAAUCAAAUCCCCAGCAGCACAUCAAUUUCAUCAAAGGGCAGCAAAUUGAAGUAAGCAGCGACGAAGAAGGGUUCAGAGGGGCAUGGUACGAGGCCACAAUUGUCGAACCCAUUUCUAAAAAGAGAAAAAAAUUGAAGGUACAGUACAAAACAUUGGUUAAUGAAGACGGGUCUACUCCAUUGUCGGAGCUUGUCGAUGUGGCUUAUAUAAGGCCGUUACCUCCUCCUGGUGGUGAGAGCCGGGCUGUGUUCGACAUCGGCGACGUGGUUGAUGCUGGGUAUAGAGAUGGGUGGUGGACUGGUAUUGUACGGAAGGUUUUGGAUGGUGGGUGUAGGUAUAGAGUUUAUUUUGAUAAUCCGCCUGAUGUGUUUGAGUUUGAAGCUCAGAGUUUAAGGCCUCAUUGUGAUUGGAUUGAUGGCAGUUGGGUUUCAGCUGAAAAACAGCAAGUGGCGCCGGCGGAAUCACUAUUUAGCUCAGGCACAGCAGUAGAGGUGAAUAUUGACAAACAAAAUGCUCGCGAUGCUUGGUUCCCUGCAGUCGUCAUAAAGGAAAAUGGAGACAACACUUUCUUGGUGAAGUAUCAAAGUUCAGGGAAUAGCGAUGAGGCUGCCACCAGACUUAAUGUGGAUUCCCUUCAUAUUCAGCCUGCUCCUCCUCAUUAUGAAGACAGAAAAUUUGAACUGCUUGACAAGGUGGAUGCGAUGUAUGACUCUUGUUGGCAAAAUGGAUUAAUAACUAAACUUCUUGCUGGAAGGAGGUACAAUGUCUAUUUUAAACAUAUAAAUACGGAGAAAGCACUUAGUCAUAUAAAAUUAAGACCUCAUGCAGAAUGGAUUGAUGGCCAAUGGAGGUGUAAAUACAAGGAAAUAACGCCUGCUUCUCAUGAUGAUCAGAAACAGUUCGGUGUUCUCAAUGGCUGCAGUUUUAGUUCUGGCUUGUCCAUAGAACAAGAAAGUUCAGGUACUGCAGAGGCUAAGACUGAAGAAAAAACACCUUGUUCUGCAACUGUAAGGGAUAUGUUGGAGCAGUCUACUCGUUGCAAUGAAAAGACACCAUCUAAUACCUUGCCUCCAAGCAAGAAGAUUAAGCUGGCAGCUCCUAGUGGUACCGGUGUGCAUCCAAGUUACUCCAUAAAAUUACCAGAAGAAGAUGCUUUAGAUGUCCCAUUAUCAGCUUCAGUGAAAAUGCCAAAUAAAAGACCAGAUAUAGAAACUCUUCGUGGAAUAGCAAGUCAAAUAACCAGUGGUAAUAGGGCCAGAUUCUCCAAAAAACCCAUUGUUAGCUCACUGGUUGCUGCUAAAUCUGAGAGCACUACUCCUGCAGGAAAGAAAAAACUUGUUUCUCUGUCUAAUAGCAGUCUCAUUCGUAUUAAAGAGCUACCUGAGAAGACUAGACUGCAGAAAACUGCUGAAGUAAAAUCCCAAACAUUGGACAUUGUCACAAUGAAAGGGAGACAUACUAAAUCACCAUUUCGAAGUCCAAAGGUUUCAGUAGAAUCUGCUACUUGCAUGGAUGCAAAUGAGGGUGAAAAGAAUGAGGAUGAAGCUAAUGUCCCUCUUGACUUAUCAUUAGAAGCUACUGGAACUCCGGUUCAUGGUGAUGAGACACUGAAGCUUAUAAGGGAACAAAGAAACUUGAGUGAUUCAGCAGGUGGCACAAAUACGAUACUUCAUCAGUAUAAACGUGGAGGAAGCAGUCAACGAAGAAAGAGAGGAAGACCACGAAAACUAGUAACAUUAAGCCAAUUGGGCACAGAAGCCGGUACAGAAGACAAUGGAAUUCAAAAUGUUGCUAAUGAAACAAUUGUAAGAGCUCAACCAGCUAAUGAAGUUGAACUUCCCUUACAGAAAACAGUGAAGUCUACAGUUCCUGAGACUGCAUUUACGGAGGAAGCAGCUAGAGUUUCCAGGACAGAUUGCUUCACAACAGAUAUGGCAAUUAAACCUGCAUCAAAGACUCUGCUUGAUGAUGAUCAACCUUUAUCAAUGUGGAUCGAUGGGAUGCACUCCUCUGCGUCUGCUGAUGAGUUAGUUUCUGGAAGGAAUUCUAGUGGACUGGAUGAGACAAAUGGAAGAAAUGUUGAUAUGGCAACGGUACCUUGUGUGAAAAAGGCCCAAGGCGUAAAGAUACCAGAUGAAAAUGAGUGUGUGCCUUUCGUAAAGAGAUCAUUGGUAUGGAAUACCAUUGAAUCUAUGGAAAUCUUUCAAAUGAUACCACAAAAACCUCAUUUUCGUCCUUUAGCUGAUUGUAAAGAGGAGUAUCGUGAAGGAUCGGCCAUUGGCAUAAUGGUCACAUUCGCCAGUUUGUUUGAGAAGAUAACCUCAUUGCAAUUUGAUGGUUCCGAGAGCAUUUUGACGAGUAUUUUGGAAAGUCUUGUUGAUUUAGAGAAGCAUGGAUUUGAUGUUGCCAUUCUGAGAAACCGUGUGAAAGAUUUGCUGUCAAUUAAGGAUGGGAAAGAGGAGCUUCUAAACCAGUCAACAGAAAUUGAAAGACAGAUACGAGAGCAUACCGAUGAGAGGGGACAAUUGUUUUCAAAGAUAAAUGAUAUCGAAAAGAAGAUAACCGAGUUACAGAAAGAGCUCGCGACGUUUAAGUCGGAGAUGAAAACCAAGGAAAAUGUGAUCGCCAGGCUGCAGUCGGAUGUGGAUUCUAUGAACAGACGCGUUAACACUGACCGAGAUAAUUUUGCAAAAAUAGCUAGUGCCCCUUGGAUUUCGUCGUGAUUAGUUGUUUUUUUUUUGUGGUAGUACACGUAGAAUAUGUAGGGCGCAGCGACCAGGAAAAUCAUGACAUUUUCGCUGGAGCAAUGAAUUCAGUAGUGAUUGAUAACAAUGUACGGACCAUACUCACUUCUAAUCUGUAUUUACGUAGUGGCGCAUCUGGUUCUGGAGA